AUGGAAUUCCGCAAUCUCUCGAAUAGACUACACGAGAUCUCGUUAAAUUGGGCGGGAAGUGCUCCAGGGCAAAAGCCAAAUCAGAUAAAGGAAACGACAGACUAUUCCCCGCCAUCGCGAGCAACCAUAGUCAAGUCUUUUGAACCCCUGAGAAUACCAUUUCCAGUCCCUAUAAGCAAGUCGGAUGCCUCUAAAGUAUUGCGUGCUGCAGCGUUCGAAUUCAUCGUCUGUCAUUUUCUAACCGCCGAGAUCUUCCGUGUUCUUCCGCCGGCAUAUCCGUUCGAGCGAGGCCCGAUCGAAGACUUCUUGGCCGAACUUGUAACCCGAGACCCAGGACUGGAAAGCCUGCUCCGUCCUGCGCUCAUAUCUGCUGCCGGCAAGGAACGAGUAGAUCAAGAAACUAUCGCGAGCACCAUGGCUAGGGAGACGCUGGAGGUCUGUAGACAGUCCAUACCCCAUUUCCACCCGACCGAGGACCUUGAGAUGGUAACCCAGAGCUUCUUCGUAUCAUGUCUCGACACAUGGAUGCGAGCGCAAAGAUGUCGCAGACGUGUAGUCGCGAGUUCAAUCGUCGACACGCCCAUGAGUCAAUGGAACCCUUGGGACGCCCUCGGAUCUCCAGUCGAGCCGGACACGGAAAAUCAAGCGAUGCAAACAGAGCCGCUCGACCCCGAAGUUGUCCUGUUCCCACAAAUAGUCGCCACUGACAUGGCGGGAAAGCCUUCUGGCGUAUUGUUUGAAGGGUGCCUCAUGUGGGGAGAUGAGCUGCUAGUGAUGCAGGGGAGACUGGAAUAUCGACGAUUUUGUGAUAAGAAAAGGGCCCGGCGCGAUAGUAUGAUGUCGAAAAGGAGAGACAGCUUGGCUAGUAGAGAUACUCCCACCAGAGUCGAGGAGCGGAAAAGAGCUUAAGUCAGGCUGGAGGUCUGGCAUCCCUUUCGAUCGUCUGAGGCUGCGAAUUUCUAGUAGUUGUUCGUGUCACUAGCGAAGAUACCAUAAUAAGCUCGGUUAUAUGUAUUAGCUCCCCAGAGGUGCCGUGCGCCUCUAGCAUGGCAUUAGGAGCUCUGAUUUCUUAUUUACUUUGGAGAAUGGUCCUAGCGGGAUUUGAAGGUUUCAUCUAAUCGAGCCAUCAUCCUGGAUGUGGUUCCUUCUAUACACAGGUUUACAUGAUCCACCUUACAAAUUAUACGAGUAUCUAAUUUAAGUGUCUAUAAUCUCUAUGAUAAGUCAUAUAUCU